GAGCCAUCACAGACUUGGAGGGGACAGUCUGUGACCAAGGCUGCUGCACCCCUCCCACGGCAUCUGAUCCCCUGCUCAAGCAUGAAACUCGCACUCUUCACUGUGCUAUCCUUCGGGAUAGUGGCUCUCUGUUUUGCUGCUCCCCAAAAGCCAAGUGUCAGGUGGUGCACAAUAUCCUCAGCCGAAGAGAAAAAAUGCAAUAGCCUGAAGGACCACAUGCAACAAGAGAACUUUGCUUUCAGUUGCCUGCAGAAAGCAUCAUACCUCGACUGCAUAAAAGCCAUUUCGAAUAGUGAAGCAGAUGCCAUUAGCUUGGAUGGAGGUCAAGUUUUUGAGGCAGGCCUUGCUCCCUACAAGUUGAAGCCCAUUGCUGCUGAGGUCUAUGAACACAGUGAAGGCUCCACUACCAGCUACUACGCCGUGGCCGUUGUGAAGAAAGGAACAGGCUUCUCAAUAAAUGAGCUGCAGGGCAAGACCUCCUGCCACACGGGGCUGGGCAGGUCGGCUGGCUGGGUCAUCCCCAUUGGGACACUCAUCCACCGCGGGGCCAUCGAGUGGGACGGAAAAGACUCGGGCUCCAUCGAGCAAGCUGUGGCCAAUUUCUUCUCUGCCAGCUGUGUUCCUGGUGUCACCACUGAAGCCAAACUGUACCGUCAGUGCAAGGGGGAUGCCAAGACCAAAAUGUCCCGCACAGGACCUUAUUCUGGAUAUUCUGGAGCUUUUCACUGUCUGAAAGAUGGGAAAGGAGAUGUGGCUUUUGUGAAACACACAACUGUUCAAGAAAAUGCCCCAGCUGAGAAGGAUGAGUACGAGCUCCUGUGUCUGGAUGGCACCCGCCAGCCCGUGGACAACUACAAGGCCUGUCACUGGGCCAGGGUUCCUGCUCAUGCUGUUGUGGCUCGAGAUGACAGCAAGGUCAAUGACAUCUGGAACUUCCUCUCCAAAGCACAGGAAAAAUUUGGUGUGGGCACAACCAGCACCUUCCACCUCUUUGGGCCACCUGGCAAGAAGGACCCAGCCCUCAAAGACUUGCUUUUCAAAGACUCUGCAGUGCAGCUGAAGCAAAUCCCAUCACUGAUGGAUGCUCAACUCUAUCUGGGCUUUGAGUAUUACAGUGCUGUCCAGAGCCUCCAGAAAGAUCGCCUGACCCCCAGCCGCAGAGACAGCAAGAUCCAGUGGUGUGCGAUUGGCAGGGAUGAGAAGAAGAAGUGUGACGUCUGGAGCGUGAUGAGCAACGGGGAUGUGGAGUGUGUUGUGGCAGAGGACACCAAGGAAUGCAUCACAAAGAUCAUGAAAGGUGAAGCAGAUGCCAUCAGCUUAGAUGGAGGCUUUGUCUACACUGCUGGCAUGUGUGGCUUGGUGCCAGUGAUGGCAGAGAGCUAUGAGGACAAUCACUGCGAAUCACAAGAAGAACCAGCAACCUACUUUGCUGUGGCUGUUGUGAAGAAGUCUGACAAGGAUAUCAGCUGGAACAACCUGCAGGGUAAGAAGUCGUGCCACACUGCCGUGGGGAGAACUGCUGGCUGGAACAUCCCCAUGGGCCUGAUCCACAACAGGACAGGCAACUGCAACUUCGAUGAAUACUUCAGCCAGGGUUGUGCUCCCGGGUCUCCUCCCACCUCCCGCCUCUGCCAGCUGUGCAAGGGCUCAGGGGGUGUCCCUCCGGAGAAGUGCGUCGCCAGCAGCCACGAGCAGUACUACGGAUACACUGGCGCUUUACGGUGUCUGGUUGAGCAGGGGGAUGUGGCCUUUAUCAAGCAUUCCAUCGUUGAGGAGAACACUGACGGCAAAAAUACAGAAAGCUGGGCCAAAGAUCUGAAAAUGGACUCAUUUGAGUUGCUGUGCACUGAUGGGCAGCGGGCAAAUGUCAUGGAUUACAGAAGAUGCAACCUGGCCAAAGUCCCUACCCACGCUGUGAUGGCACGUCCUGAGAAAGUAUCACAAGUCCGUGACAUGCUGGAGAACCAAGAGAGGCUGUUUGGAUCAAAAGGAACCAGGAAAGAAGAUUUCAAUAUGUUUGCAUAUGAAUCCAAGGAUCUUCUGUUUAAAGACCGGACAAAGUGCCUGAUCAAGCUCCGCGAUGGAAUGUCAUACAAGGAAUUCCUUGGAGAUAAAUACUAUGCUUCACUUGCCAGCCUCAACACCUGCAAUCCAUCAGAUCUUCUCCAGGUGUGCACCUUCCUUGCAGACAAGUACUGGCUGGCCCUGAGUCCCUUCCAGCAGCCAGGACUCAUUGAGCACAUACGUGUGCUGGUGACAGUGGCAGGACACAAGCCCAGGCUCCCCCAGGGCGUCCCUGCCGUCCCAGCGCCUCAGGGGAGAACUACAGCUCCCGUGAGCCCCCGCGCCGCGCCCCUCCCGGCGUGCCGCGCGGCCGGAGGCGGAAGUGUGGCGUGGCCACGUGUGCGGGCCAUGGCGGGCGGGCUGGAGCCGCACCUGGAGGCGCUGCGGCGGGAGCUGGGCGGCCCCGCCGUGCUCUCCGUGCUCGUCGCGCUCAUCGCCGUCGCCAUCACCUUCCUGAUCUGGCGGUUCGUGCAGGGCAGGAAGAGCAGCCGGAAGGCCGUGCUGCUGCUGGGCCUCUGCGACGCGGGGAAGACGCUGCUUUUCGCGCGGCUGCUGUCGGGGCGCUACCGCGACACCCAGACCUCCAUCACCGACAGCUCUGCCGUCUACAGGCUCAGCCAGGACAAGAGCACUCAUGUGACCUUGAUCGACCUUCCAGGCCAUGAGAGUCUGAGGUUGCAGUUCUUGGAGAGGUUCAAGGCUGCAGCCAGAGCCAUCGUGUUCGUGGUGGACAGCGUGGCCUUCCAGCGGGAGGUGAAGGAUGUGGCAGAGUUCCUGUACCAGGUGCUGGUGGACAGCACCGUGCUCAGGAACGCGCCCGCGCUGCUCAUCGCCUGCAACAAGCAAGAUGUCACAAUGGCAAAAUCAGCAAAACUCAUCCAGCAACAGCUGGAGAAAGAGCUCAAUACCCUGCGGGUGACACGCUCUGCAGCCCCCACCAGCCUGGAUGGCUCUGCCACAGGGGGCCCUGCCCAGCUGGGGAAGAAGGGCAAGGACUUCGACUUCUCCCAGCUGCCCAUGAAGGUGGAGUUUGUGGAGUGCAGUGCUCGAGGCAGCAAGGGAGAGGAGGGAGAGGCUGACUUGGAGGGCCUCGAGAAGUGGCUGGUGAAGGUGGCCUGAACAGAGAUGGACAGGGCUGGGGGGCUGAAGGGAAAAAGAUGGUCUGGAGCACUCAAAUCUCAUCUUGAUGUAAAAAGAAGGAACUUCAGCUGGAAGUCAGCACUGUGGCGUCUUCUUCUGCUGCUUGUGGGCUUGGGAGCGACAUGACAAUUGCUGGUGGGAUUGCCUCUGACUGUCCCUUCAUGGUGCAAUGUUUUUAUCCUCUCCCCUCUUCCCUUGUCCUCCUCUGGGCUGCUGAACCUCUGGGCUUUCCUUUUUCUUUAAUAUUUAGAUUUUUCAUCUGGUAGUUGCCUAGCAGAUUAGGAAGGGGUACACAGGCAGGUGAGUUUCAGAGGCUGGAGUGUGCCUGUCGUUUCCUGCCAUGGUUUAGACCUCUGUUCCCUCUCAGAGCCACUGACCACCUUAUGGUUGGGGCUGCUGGGGAGCACUACACAAGCUCCCUAAGUUGGGCAGACAUUGAAGAGAGUAUAAAAACCUGUUUUCCUCUUUGUGUCUGCCUUCCCAUUGUUCCAAACUGGUGCAGCCCCAUUCCUGUGGGGCAGGGGGAGUGUGAAAUGCCCAAACCAGACUGCCUGCCCUGCUUUACUCCCUGGGCCCAGCUCUGUGCCCAUGUCUGGUGAUUUCCUCUUUUGAUCAGCUGAGGGCUGUGUCCUGAAAGCUUCACUCUGCUGCUCCUUCCAGGCCCUCCUCUCUCAGCCAGGAACAAACACUCCAAGAGUGGCAGGGCUACAGGGUGUCAUGGCAUGAAACUCUGAGGUGGGCACAAUUUCAGAUCUGGACCUGCAGCUGGGACCUGUUGUGCCAGGCAUUUGCUGUGCAGUCUCCUGCUGCCUCCUGCUCCAGUGGCUGCAGGAGGGUCUUGCUUUGUGUGUAAUUAAUUAGUCAGCACUUAUGGCAGAGUGAGAGGGAAAGUCAAGGAGCUGCCAGCAAGUGGGUGUGCUUCCUCCUUGUGGCAGAGAUGCUCGAGGAAGAGGGGAAAGAAAAAGGAGAUUUUCCCAGUUUUUAUCUCACUGCACAUUGCAGAGUUCUAGUGCAGUGACAUUUUCCCUUUGUUUGUGGCUUCCCCUGUUGUUUUAGGGUUCGGGGGUGGCUGGCUCCUGGCAGAUCCUUUUUGUAGUUUGUAGCCCACUCUCCCCCGUGGUUUGAGUCCUCCUUCAUCACUCAACUCAUCUGUUGUGUUCUUUUCUUUCUCUGGGGCUUUUCCUUGCUUUCUUGCAGCAUUGCCAAGUGUUGGGAAGAGCAGGAAGAGCCUUCAGCAAAGCCCUGUGCCUAUAAUGAAGCUGGUCCUUGCAUUUCCAGCCUCAGGAACCAUCCAUGCCGGAGGUGGGGAGGGUUAUAUUUACCAAACAUGUUACAUUCUUCUGUUUCCCUCAGGCAGAGUCCUGUUGGAACGUGUUUGUCAUGCUUUGAACUCCUUUAGCUGGAGGUCUUGGGCUGCCUGCUUCAAAUCCAUAAUGCUGAAGUGAUUUUUGGGCAGAAAAUUGCUGUUUCUUUGGGUGAUUGUUCUUGCAAAGAUGCAGAAGCCAAGCACCAGCCUCAGCUUAAGGGGGGAGGUACCAUGAGGCCAUGGUGGGUUUUAAGUUAUUAUUUUUAAAAGUAUUCCUUAAGUAAAUUCUUUUAUGCUUAAAUGUUUGUUCUCAA